UUGCUUCCUACUAUCGUCAUUUUUAAGACCCUACAUGAUUGGCGUUUUGAAUUUGCAGCACCUGUGCUCCAAUGUGAAUGGUGCAGUCCCUACAGGUUCUUUCCACAGUUGACUGUAGCACAGGUGGCAGUGAAACUGAUCAAGAAGAGCGCCAUCGAAAACAAAGCCGACCUAGUUCGAAUACGUCGUGAGAUCCGAAUCAUGUCAGCCCUUCAUCAUCCCAACAUCAUUCAAAUAUUUGAGGUGUUCGAGAAUCGAGAAAAGAUUAUCCUGGUGAUGGAAUACGCAAGUGGCGGUGAACUCUAUGAUUAUGUCUCCCGUUUCGGUUCGUUGCCGGAAAGUGAAGCCAGGCGUAUUUUUAGACAAAUUACAUCAGCUGUACUCUACUGUCAUAAGCAUCAAGUGGCGCAUAGGGAUCUCAAACUGGAAAACAUCCUGCUCGACCAGGAUAAUAAUGCAAAAAUUGCCGAUUUCGGUCUCUCCAACUAUUUCGGGACAAAGUCCCUUCUUACCACUUUUUGCGGCAGUCCACUGUACGCUUCUCCCGAGAUCAUCAAUGGCACACCUUAUAAAGGCCCUGAGGUCGAUUGUUGGUCACUCGGUAUCCUUCUCUACACAUUAGUAUACGGUUCAAUGCCAUUCGAUGGGCGUGACUUCAAUCGUAUGGUGCGACAAAUCAAACGCGGUGCUUACUACGAACCGGAUACACCGUCAACGGCAUCGAUGCUUAUUCGCAAUAUGCUGCGGGUGAAUCCAGAACGCCGUGCGGACAUCUUUGAAAUCGCCAGUCAUUGGUGGUUGAACCUCGAAGAGAAUAUGCCUGUCAUUCAAGAACUACCGGAAAAUCAGAUCACGGACUACACCCCACUUACGGAAAGGGCCGAAACAAUGGUUGUGCAGGAUUUGGCCGAUGAAACGGACGUUUUUAUGGAAUUCGGUCACCUCAGCAAUGAAACGCGAAAGAAGAUUGAAGAGUUCCGACGACGUCGAAAGCAAGCUGAGGAAUACAACGAAAAUUCCCCUGUCAAGCCACCCAAGGAUGGUGAACAAGCGGCUGAAAUGAAAAGCGAAGAUAAGAGUUUGAGAGGCGUAAAGGAGCUGAACAAGGAAAAGGAAACCGACGAUCCUUUGGAGCGCCUGCGGCAGAUUGAAAAUCGCCUCGGGCAGCAGAGGAAGAAGAGCGCGGCUGGGGCUUCUCAGGUAGUGGAGCAAAAGCGACAAAUGUCUCCCGAGCAACCAGAAGAUCCGAAACCAGCUCGAAAUGAGCAAGGGGCAGCUUCUCGUGCUCCUUCGUUCGUGCCCGUAACGAACGAACCUGAAACACUCGCACCAACUCCUCGGACGCCGAUGUCUGCUGCUAUGUAUCGACUCGAGAUUGAUUCACUCAACAUGCUGAUGAACCAAGUUCUUGAACAAAUGGAGAAAGGGCCAGUCAGCCUGAAUCUCGUUGCUAGAAUUAAAGCACAUCCCAUGUACGACGCCAGGCCUAUGGUGAAAGAGCUGUUGGAGAGUAUCAUAGCAGCACAGCCUGAAAAUGUGCAGCGGGAGACGAGCAAACUCGUCCAACAAAGGAGUCAGGUGGGAUCAGAUGACGAUCAAGCAGAAGCACCACCACCUCCGAAAACACCAGUCCUAGCAGAGACAUUGAAGGAAGAGGACGAAGCCGAUUCAGAAGAUGAAGAGGAUUAUACCGAUAGUGAGAUGGAAGAAUUGGCCGAAGAGGUAGAACGGUGA